AUGUCAUCGCACAAAGAAAGAAGCCUUCUCAGAAGCCACACGAUGUUUCCCCAGCGGCGUGACUCCACAGCACCAUUUCGACGUGACUCAAAAAGGCACGAUUCCACAAGCUCAGUCACUCAAUUGCCUUUUUCACGUUCUAGCAAUGUUAAAGUUGUUGGCAGAUUUCGGCCACUCGUAGACUUCGAAAUCGUAUGUCUUAUUUAGGUCCUUCCAGGCGUUCAAGAAAUUAUUUCUUUCAUAGACGAGAAAACUGUUGGAAUUCCAUAUGGAAAAGAAAUGGAAACUUUUAAACUUGACCGAAUUUUUGACCCAAAUUCGCACCAGUCUGAGGUCUACGAAUUCAUAGGAAGACCUACAAUAGAAGACGUCCUUGAUGGCUACAAUGGGACGAUUUUUGCAUAUGGGCAAACUGGCUCUGGCAAAACUUACACUAUGAUGGGCUACGAUUUUUAUGACGAAGAAUUCCGAGGCAUCAUCCCUCGAGCUGCUAGCCAGAUUUUUGAAUUCGUAAGGCAAGAUAACGGAGAAAUCGAGUACACAUUAAAAUGCUCAAUGCUAGAAAUUUAUAAAGAAACAAUUAAAGAUCUUUUAGAUAACGUAACCAAAAGUCUCAGCAUAAAAGAAUGCCCAAGGCGAGGAAUAUAUGUGCAAGGGCUUAACCAGGUUUGUGUGACCUCAGAAAAAGGGUUACUUGACCUAUUAGCACUAGGGGAGACGAUGAGAACGGUGGCGUCUACAAAGCUGAACAAAACAUCCAGUAGAUCCCAUAUGAUGUUUGUACUGGAAGUUUUGCAAAAAUUGCCGAAUGAUUCAGAAAAAAGAGGGAUUUUAAAUUUAGUUGAUUUGGCAGGGAGCGAAAAGGUAAAUCAUUCCGGAGUUACCGGAAACAAUAUGGAAGAGGCCAAAAAAAUUAAUUUGUCGCUAUCUGCGUUAGGAAAUGUGAUUCAUGCAUUAGUACUAAAUAAUGAUCAUAUUCCUUAUAGAGAUUCAAAGCUGACAAGGAUUUUGCAAGAGUCUUUGGGAGGGAACUAUAAAACGAAUUUAAUAGUAGCUUGUUCUCCUUCCAAUAAAUAUAUAGAAGAAACAAUAAACACCAUGAAAUUCGCGAUUAGGGCCAAGUCAAUAAAAAAUAACGUGAAAAUUAACAUCAAAAAUUCCCCAGAAAAUUACAUUAAGCUAAUUGAGCAGCUAAGAGCUGAGCUCACAAAUGCGAAAUCUGAAAUUUUGCUUCUCAAAGAAGAAAGGCUGCUUACAGAGCCUGGGAGUUCUUUAAGCAGCUCUAUAUCAAAUUCACCUCUCCCAAGGCUUUCCUUCCCAGGCUCAGGUAGCAGUUCUUUAUCAUCAACAAUGAAAAGAUUCCAAAACGAUCUAAAAAUAUUUACCUGCCUUGGAGAUCCUAUUGAAGAGCUUGAAGGAGGCAAUAAUUCUAUUUAUGAAGUAGACUCUUUAGCUUCUUCCUAUGGAAGCAGCCUUGAUAGAUCAGGGCUUGAAUAUGAGCUAGAGUCUGUCAGCUACUGCCAGCAUAGAGACAAUAUGCAAGAAGAUCUAGAAAGAGCUAUAGAUAGGUUACAGAAAAAAUCACAAUCUUUACUCCCCCCCCCCUCCGUGAGUGAACAAAAACAUUAGAAAAAUCGCUAUUUUUUGCCCAAAAACCCACCCUCCGUGAGUGACAAAAAUUUUUUUUAAUAGAACAAAUUUUUUAUGGAAAAAAAAAUUGAUAUAUAAAUGAUAAUUAGUAUAAUGAAAUCUAGAGCUAAUUCUGUUUAAUUUUAAACGAAUUGCUUUUUAAAACAUAAAAUUUAUAAAUUAAAUUAAUAUUUGCUUUCCAAUUUUUGCGAAUUAGGAUUUUUUUAAAUUUCGAAAAAAAAAAUAUUUUUUAUAAAAUUUAUAUAUAAAUUUUUUUGAAAAUAAAAAAUUUAGCCCCCCUCCGUGAGUGAACAAAAUUUUUUUUGUUCACUCACGGAGGGGGGGGGGAGUUAGAAGAAGAAAACCAAAUCUUGACUGAAACAGUCAGAAAUCUUGAAGCAAAAUUAGCCUCUUCUAAAGAGAAAAGACUUAAAUUAGAGCAACAGUCUCACGAGUACUAUGAAAAUUACCAUAGAACUGCAUUAUUGAUCAAUAAAGAAUCAUCUGAAAACAGGCUAUUGAAAAGACAAAACGAAAGCCUAAAUAGGCAAAUUAAGCGUCUUACCAAGUCCCUGAACGAAAUUGACUCAAAAUUCAAAGCUUUUGUAGAGAGUCAGACUAAGACCAUCGAUCUGACGUGCGUUGAGUUUGAUGAGCGCUCAGAAAUGACCGGCCAGGAGUUUCCAGUUAUCACAGAAGUCGAUGAAGUUUCUGUUGACCCUUGCUGUGAUGCCACUAACACUUUUGAGCUCGAUUUAACGACCAGAAGUAUCACAAUUGAGCCUCAUAGCUUGAUAAACACCAGUGCCUAUGCAAAAGAACUGCAAAAAGCCUUAGAGUCCAACGCAGAGUUAUCAAAAGACAUCACUGUUUUCCAAUUAAGAAACCAAGUCAUUGAAGCUGGCAUUUUCAACGCAAAUAUGACCCGCUGUAUGCAAGGGCUUAACUGGAAGCUUAAUUUGGUGAACUACAAAUAUGAAAUCAAAAGAAACCUCUGCAGAUUUCAGUCAGAAGAAAUAAAAUCAUUAGAAUCAAUGCUUGACCAUUUGCAUGAAUCUUAUCAACACAUGAUAAAACUCUAUGAGCAAAUUGAUAAAAAACCAAAAAGACGCAAUAGUUCUGACUCCACCGGUCAAAAUAAAGGUCACUUAAUAAAAUCUUUUACAAGUAAAAAGUCACAGGAAAAGUCUAAAGGACAAGACACAGAAUUUAAGCAAGAGCCAAGUGUGAAAUCUUCAGAUUCACAUUCAAUUGUAGGUGUUCACGGAUCGUGGGUGGAUCCUCCUUCUGUAGAAACUUCUGAGUUCUAUAUGAGGUACAAAGCACUGGAAACUAAUUUCCAUUUGCAGCAGAUGUAUAACUUCCAGCUGAAAAAAGGCAACGAAGAGCUCAGAAAGCAGACAAAGCUGUACCAAGAAAUGAUCGAGAAGCUGGAGAAUGAUAUUUUUUCCGCCCAAAAAGCCGAGAGAGAAAGAUGGCAAGCGUUUUUCUAUGAUUUAAAAGAAAACUGUGAAAAAGAGCUGAUCAGAAAACAAUUAGAAGUAAUUAAGCUUAAUGAAGUCCUAGGAGAAUGAGCAACGAGGUAUAUGGAGCUGCAAGAGUCAAUUGGUAUAAAAGGGAUAAAUAAAGCUGAGAUACAGCUAAAAACCUUGCAGGAACUUAAAUUAUCUACACUGGCUACAGAUAUGUCAGAAAAUUCACAGCUGAAUUCGUUGUUUUUGAACUCCCCUCUCAGCAUACGAUCCAAAAUCGAGUCUCCUAUAAAGCGGGCAGUUUCACCUGGAGACAGAACCCCUCCAAACUGUUUUUAG